AUUAAACAAUACUGCUUGAAGUGCUGGGGCUAAAAAAAUAUAUUCAAUUUAAAAAACAACAUUGAAACAUUCUCAUAAAAGUGAUAAAUAUUAUUAACUUAUUUGGAGCAAAAAGUCGGCAAAUGAAAAUUCAAAACGAUGGAUAAAAAUAUUAUUAAAUGCGAACCAAGGGUUGAAUUUUGGACACCAAAAAUAAUUAAUAUCCAUAAAUAAUUGCGAUUAUUUUAACAAUGUUUUGCAAUAGAACGAAAAGCUUUAGAUAAAGAUAAUAGAAAAUUUCAAAGAAUUUCAAAGAAUUUCUAAAAGGUAAAUCCCUGCCAACAUAAGGAAAAUCCCUUGAAAACCUUGGAUAAAAUAGUCGAAAAUAAAUUUGGAAAAAUCCGUGGAGCAGAGCUACGGAAAAUCUCAGCCCGAAAAUGCUUUUGAGCAAUCAGCCGGCGAAUACGAGACCGCAGCAAACGCCUUCGCCUUCGCCGACGCAGAACUUCAAGUCGAAGUUGCAGCAACAAAUCGUUUCGGCAGCGGCGGUGGCAGCGGCGAAUAUCGCCAACGGCAGCAGUCAUCAUCAUCAUCAUCAUCAUUCUCAUUCUCAUCAUCACCACCACAAUCCGCUGAACAACCAUCACAAUCAUAAUCACAAUCAGCACAACAUUUCCUUCGCCACGGAUUUCUCAAUUGCGGCGAUUAUGGCGCGCGGCGGAAACGCCCCCAGCAGCCGGGAACCUUCGGAACGGAGUCUGAGUCCCGCAUCCGUGGAGCGCUAUUCAGGCCAGGAUGCGGACGAUGAUGUUGACGUUGAUGUGGUCGACUGCAGUGACUCGGAAAUGCCGACGGCAACAGCAGCAGCAGCAGCAGCAGCAUCUGCAACAGCAGCGGCUGCAGCGGCAGCAUUGCAGGCGCAGCAGCAAGCGCGUCAGGCAUUGCGUGUUGCACAGCAACAACAGCAGCAGCAGCAACAACAACAACUACAACAGCAGCAGCAGCUACAACAAAAGCAGCAGACACAUCACCACGCAACGGCAAACAAGCAACAACGCCAACAUCACAAUCAUCAAAGCAACAACAGCAACAGCAACACCAAUAGCAACAUCAACAACUCAGGCAACAGCAACAGCAACUGCAAAUCAAGCAGCCAUCGAGGGCGUUCUGCUGCCGCAGUUGGAGCCGCUGCCACGCCCUCUCCGCCACCGCCCCCGCCCUCUCAAAGUCCCGAGGAACUCGAACGCCUGUCGCCAGAGGAAUCGCCAGCCCAGCAGCCCACGCCCAAGAUAGUGGGCUCGUGCAAUUGCGACGAUCUCACGCCCGUCCAGUGCCACCUGGAGACCAAGGAGCUGUGGGAUAAGUUCCAUGAAUUGGGCACUGAAAUGAUCAUUACCAAAUCGGGCAGGCGCAUGUUCCCCACCGUGAGAGUGAGUUUUUCGGGUCCCCUGAGGCAAAUUCAACCGGCGGACCGAUAUGCCGUACUUUUGGACGUCGUACCGCUGGAUUCGCGGCGCUACCGUUACGCCUAUCAUCGCAGUUCGUGGCUGGUGGCCGGAAAAGCCGAUCCACCGCCCCCCGCCCGCAUCUACGCCCAUCCGGAUUGUCCUCUCAGUCCGGAGGCGCUAAGAAAACAGGUCGUCUCCUUCGAAAAAGUGAAGUUGACAAACAACGAGAUGGACAAGAGCGGACAGGUCGUGCUGAACUCAAUGCACCGCUACCAGCCCAGGAUCCACUUGGUGCGAUUGAGCCACGGCCAGAGCAUGCCCGGCAAUCCCAAGGAGCUGCAGGAUAUGGACCAUAAAACCUUCGUUUUCCCGGAGACCGUGUUCACGGCCGUGACGGCCUAUCAGAAUCAAUUGAUUACGAAACUGAAAAUCGAUUCGAAUCCGUUUGCGAAGGGAUUUCGCGAUUCGUCGCGUCUCAGCGACUUUGAUAGAGAUCCCAUGGAUGCGUUCUUUUUUGACCAGCACAUGAGAACCGCUCCGCUGCGUUUCUUUCCGGAUCCCUUGAUGUCCCAGUUGACGCCUCAGGAGGCGGAUGCCGCGUCCUUGGCGCUCCUGGAAAAAGCCCGCCAGCAUUUGCAGAUGUUCGGCAGAUCGCCGUACACGGAGAUGUUGCUGCCGCACUUGUAUCAGCGAUCGGUUGCCCCUCCGCCGCCCCCCCACCUCAGCGCCUUUCAGCUGGGCAUGUGGCAGCAGCAGUGGCCACAGCUGACGGCCGGAUUCCUGGCCAGUGCCAAUCAGCAGGCGGCCUUGGCCUUGGCAGCAGCGGGCGCCAAUCGGACGCCACCGCCUCCCGUUUCGGUGGCCCCUCCCGCCCCAGCCACGCCCACCUCCUCGUGCGGAUCUGCCUCGCCGGACUUGAGGUCUAGGCCCCAGCUGAGCCACUAUCCGCAGCGAUUCAGUCCCUACCAGGUGCCCCAGCAUCAGGCCUCGCCACCAGCCUCGAAUCGGGCAGAAAGUCCUUAGGACCAACGAAUAAUGAACGCAAUCAACUAAUCCACCCAACACACCACCCAUUCCCCCCUUUGCCCCACCCAAAAACAAAAAUAUUCUGAUGUGGUCUUUAAAUCUCUGAAUAAAAGUACCAAUUAAAGUCAGUUUAGGAAGCACAACAAAUAUUUCUGUGCUAUUUAGAGCAUGACAUUUUUGUAUUCAACACAUUUCCGUGUUUAUUGCACAAAAAUCAAUCAAAAUGGGUUCUAAAUUUAAAAUCAAUUUUCAAUUCAAAAAUAAAUCAGCAAAAACAUUGAAAU